GAAGGCGGCAACGCUUGAUGGCAAGCCAAUGGACAUGCUUCGCCGGCAAGGAUCGUGCUGACAAGCGGUGCAGCGUGGCGACGAGAUGGUCACGACAAACGCGAAGGAGCAAAUGGCUUGGCAGGUCCAUGAGAGCCAUUGAUGAUAGCAGGACGAAGUCGUGAGCGAUACCGGGAGAAGAGAGUAAUCUGGGCUGGAGGCGGUAUGCUGAGAUCAAGAUGAGAUCCACUCUCAAUGCCAACGAUGAUUUCAGCCUCCUCCGUUUUGCUAUCCUCAUUCGCAGUGCCGCCUUGGUCUCGCGGCGUGCUCACGCUCAAUCCCUGAACUUGCUCUUUCUAGCCAGCGAAGGCACGACUGCGGUGGAGAAUGGCUGGCCCACCGUCUUCUGUGCGCUACAUUCAGCUCGAGCGAGAGCGUCGACGCAGUCGCUUUGCAGUCAGCGAAAAUUGCGAGCUCGAUUCGAUUGCAGCACACCACUCCAGUCACAUGUCCGCAUCCAAUUCGAGUCGAUCAUUCACGGAGAUACAUCCGUAUGUCCCCUGUCGCCGUCUCUGACAACCGAUGAGCGAGCCACUAGUGAUCCUGCAGUGCGAGAGGAGGGGACGAAGAAGCGUGUCAGUGCCUUUGUCAUCGUAUCGCUUGAGGGAAUUCACGGCUCCCUCGUUUCCUCCUUCGCCGGCCUUGCAUGCUUCUCGCCUGGCUCGCCGGCAUCGCGAUGGGCGACUGCGGCUCCCCUGCCCUCUCUGCGCGACAUCAGAUAGGGGUGAAAGACAUUUUGAUGGUUGCUUUGUAGUCACGGUGAUUCCCUGUGGGAAAUCUCAUAUGGAACUAUGCUUUGUUGUUGAUGUGACUCAUCUUGUUCGUAGGCGCGAGGAGCGAGAAGUCGGCCCACCAGGAGGCUGAGGUGCCAGAGAGGUAAAGCGCAGCGAGGAGGCGAGGAAGGGCCUGUCCGACGAGGAUGCGGAAACGUUGCAAAGCUGGUACUCACCCUGUGAUGGCCCAGUCUGCCCCCACGUCGCCUUUUGACAUCAUGCACGACGACGACUAGGGUAGACUGGUGGAUAGAAGAGAGAGGUCAGGAAAUGUCGAACGUUGCGAAAAGGGCGUGG